AUGAUCCCAAGCAAGACCCCAUGCUCAAACGGAUAUAUGACUGGUGACGACGGUUGCGAACUUCCCGAAUGCCGCCCUGAGUCAUGCCCCGUAGCUAAGCCACAGAUGGAAUUUGAGAUGUACUGCCAGUGGGGAUUCGAACUUGGGAAGGAUGGGUGUGAAAUCGGCGAGUGUCGUGAGGAACCCGAGUCAGAAUGGUUAACAUGCAAGAACAACAACCAGGAUGUGUGCAAGGAUAAGUACAACAAAGGUGUUCAGAACUACCGAAAGUGUCAGCGCUGGUUCAACGACAGUUAUCCCAAUAUGAAGUGUGCAUCCUCCUACUGUUGCAAAGACUAAGUGCAAGAAUGUUC